ACUAAAACCAUCACCAUGGGCAGGAUUAUUUUCUAUGAGGACAGGAACUUCCAGGGUCGGUCCUAUGAAUGCAGCACUGACUGCUCCGACAUCCACAUGCACCUGAACCGCUGCAACUCCUGCAGGGUGGAACACGGGUGCUUCGUGGUGUACGACCGGCCCAACUUCAUGGGUAAUCAGGUGUUCUUGAGGAGAGGGGAGUACUCCGAUUUUCAGCGCAUGGGGAGCAUGAUGGGCAUGAUGGGCAUGGCGAUGAUGGAUAACAUUCGCUCUUGUCGCAUGAUCCCCAUGCACAGGGGACAGUUCAGGAUGAGGAUCUAUGAAAGGGAGAACUUCGGAGGCCAGACGCAAGAGCUGAUGGACGACUGCGAGUCCCUCCAGGAUCGGUACUAUAUGUCUGACUGCCAGUCCUGCAACGUGAUGGACGGCCACUGGCUGAUGUUCGAGCAGGCCAACUACCGAGGCCGUAUGAUAUACGUGAGGCCAGGAGAGUACAGGAACCUCCGCGAGAUGGGUAUGAGCAACAUGACAAGAGUCAGCUCCAUCAGACGCAUCAUGGAUAUCUGCUGA